UUCACACCAGAUUUUGAAUUUUUGUUUGAUUUAUUGGUAGUUCCAUAAUUGAUACCACAGAGGGGCCGAUCCCCGUCGUUUGAGGGUGACAGACGUGACAGAACAGUAAAAAUGGCUGAUAACAAGGAACCUCCUCCAUUCUACGAAACUCCAAAUGCUGAUAAAAAUGAAGAUUUAGACGAUGACGAUGAUAUUUUUGCAUCUGCUAUUCAGGAGCCAAGUCAACUGGAUGAGAAUUCUUCUUAUAAUGGUAUAUCAACAAAGCAUGCAGAAUUACCUAAAUUGACACUACAUGAUACAGCAGAUGAUUAUUCUGUUUCUUCGAUAUCUAGUCCAGUUCCUGGACCCUUGAGUUCUCCUUCGGGUCCAAUAGAAAGCGAUAUUGGAGAUUUAGACGAAGUGCCUAUUAACGAUAAUGCUGAUACAUUGUUAUCAAAUGUCAUGCAAUCUCAAUCAUUAGAAGAGGUAUCGACUGAUACAUCUGAUGUAUACAUUAAGAUUACUAUCACAGCAGCCCAGAAAGUUGGGGAUGGCAUGGGAGCAUACGUUGCAUAUAGGGUGGAAACCAAAACAAAUAUGCCAAUAUUCAGAAAGAGAAGUUUCAGUGUUGUUAGACGAUUCAGUGAUUUUCUUGGUCUACAUGAUAAAUUAAUAGAGAAGUAUCUCAGAAAUGGAAAAAUUAUACCUCCAGCACCAGAGAAAAGUGUUAUUGGCAUGACCAAAAUAAAAAUGUCUGGAGAUAAAAAUCAAGAUCAAAGUUCAAGUUCAACAGAAUUUAUUGAAAGACGAAAAGCAGCUUUGGAGAGAUAUUUAAAUAGAACUGCUGCACAUCCAGUCCUAAGGAUUGAUCCUGAUUUCAGAGAAUUUUUGGAGGCUGAUAUUGAAUUGCCAAAAGCUACCAACACAUCUGCACUAAGCAGUGCUGGGGUAAUGAGACUGUUUAAUAAAGUCGGAGAAACAGUUAACAAAAUUACGUACAAAAUGGAUGAAAAUGAUUCGGACGGUAAGUGGUUCGAAGAAAAAACUGCUAAGAUAGAUUCUCUAGAUACUCAGUUGCGCGCCUUGCAUGGUGCAGUGGAUGCCUUAACAAAUCAGAGAAGAGAAUUGGCAUUUUGUACAGGUGCUACUGCACGGUCCAUCGCCGUUCUCGGUCAUGGCGAACCAGGUGCUUCAUUAGGUAGAGCUCUGGCUCAGCUCGCCGAAACUCUAGAGAAAGUUGAAAUUGUUAGGAAAGCACAGAGUAACAGUGAUUUCUAUCAAUUUGGUGAAAUGCUGAGAGAUUAUGUGGCGUUGAUUGGAGCCAUAAAGGAUGUAUUUCACGAACGAGUAAAGGUGUUCCAGAACUGGCAACAUGCUCAAAUGAUGUUAAACAAAAAGCGAGAGCAGAAGGCAAGGUUAGAGCAAUCAGGCCGCAGUGAUAAGACUACUCAAGCAGCGACAGAUGUCAUUGAGUGGACGUCUAAGGUUGAAAGAGGUCAAGAAGAGUUUGAUAACAUUUCCAAAAUGAUAAAAAAAGAAGUGGAGCGGUUUGAGCUAGUCAGGGUUGAUGAUUUUAAGAAACAAUUUAUUGAAUAUUUGGAAGCUAUGUUGCAGCAUCAGAAUCAACUUAUCAAACAUUGGGAAAGUUUUUUGCCAGAAGCACGUGCAGUUGCAUGAAAAUUUGCCGCUAUGAUAAUAAGAUAUAAAUAUAUAUAUAUAUAUAUAAACACAUAUGUAUAUAUAUAUACAUAUAGAGAUACAGCAUAUUAAUUAACAUGUAACAACGCAUAUUAUAUUAUACAUAAUGAUAAUAAAGUAUCUUUUUCAAGCAUUA